AUGCAUCCACUGGAUGAUCACUCGUAUGGCCACAUGUGUCAUCCACUCCUAUCCAAUCCAUUACUCGAAACAAGAACGAUAUCCAUGAAUGGAACCACCAAUUGUGAAAUUUCUUUGGAUUUUCUAUAUGAAUUCUUUCAUGCGUUUCCUUUGAAAUUUGAAUUCCAACCACUGAAUUGUGAUGAUUUUCAAAAUGUUGAUCCAUGGAAUGACAACAUGUCUUGUUCAUUGAAUAGGAUCAAGAAUCAAAACUUGGAAGAAUGUGAAGAAACCAAUGAAAAUUCUUCUUCAUUCUUGUCUCAGUUACAUUCGUUUAGACGAGAGAGAUCUCUCGAUGUUUCGAGUUCAACUUCAUCGAGUUGCUCCUCUUCCAUGACAAGUAGUGUGAAUUUUUCCAAUUCCAAUGAAAUAUCGAAUUUUACUUCCACUCAAGAAACACCAAAUUUUUCAGAUCAUUCCUCAAUUCGCCUACUGAAUGAUGAGAAAUUCUAUGACAAGAUCAUGAAACGAAAACGAGGAAGACCUCCUAAAACUGGAUAUCGAGUCGAAUUUUCUGAACAUUCGUAUUCCAUGAUUUUGAAUAACAAGAUGGAACAAGCAAUUCAAAUUGAAAAAUCUAAAAAUCGAAGAGGAAAAACAAAAAAGAGUCGAAUUUUAAAGAAUAUUUUAGCUAUUAAGGAACGACAGAAUACAUUAAAAACGAAUAAAUAA